UGCCCGCGAUCCAUUCUGUUCCACUCCGUUCCGUUCCAUUCUUACAAGUGUAUUUAUUUAAAUUCUUUUACUAUAUUUUUUACUCUUACCAUUUACUAUAACAUUAUGUUCUGUAUAAUAAAACAACUGAUUUAAAUGAUAAUUAAUGUAUUAAUUGUAAAUGUAAAUUGUAAAUGUAAAUAAUUAAAUUGUACAGAAUAGGUUAUUGAGAUAUCUUUAAUAAGUUACUUAAGUUAGUAGCAGAGAGAAACAAAGGAUUUAAUCCAUAUCUGAUUAAACAUGUUUGCUAUAAAAAAAAUUUUGAACAAAAUACGAAUUCCUUUAUACCAAACUUAUGCCACAAAUUCAAAAUUAGUUGAAAUUUCAAAAAAUGAUACAGGUAUUGCUACAAUAUCUAUGGCACGUUCACCUGUAAACAAUUUAAACAAAGAAUUAUUAAAUGCUUUAAACACGUCCUUAAUGGAUGUACAAGAAGAAAAAUGUCAAGGUGUUAUAUUAACAUCGUCAUUAUCAAAUAUAUUUUCAGCAGGACUUGAUAUAAACGAAAUGUAUAAUCGGACUGAAGAACAGCUAACUGAAUAUUGGCAAACAUUGCAAGACACAUGGUUAACUUUAUAUAAUUUGGAAAUGCCAAUAGCUGCUGCAAUUAAUGGUGCCAGCCCUGCUGGAGGAUGUCUUUUAGCAAUGUCUUGUGAAUAUAGAGUUUUAGUUGAAGGAAAGCAUACUAUAGGAUUGAAUGAAACACAAUUAGGAAUUAUUGCUCCAGAAUGGUUUAGAAAUAUAUAUGUUGACAUAUUAGGACAUAGAAGAGCUGAAUUAGCACUUUUAAAAGGAACCCUAUUUCAUCCAAAGGAAGCAUUAGAAAUUGGAAUUGUAGAUGAAUUAGCUUCUGAUAAAGCCAAUGCAAUCCAAAAGUGUCAAAAUUAUAUUGAAUCUUUUAAACACAUACCCUCCAGAGCUAGACAAGCAACAAAAAUGGAGUUAAGGAAACGUAAUUCAUUAUGGUUGAAAGUAAACAAACAUAUGGAUCUAAAUCAAUUUUUAACACUUAUUCAAUUACCGGAAGUACAAACUGGCCUAAAAUUAUAUAUGGAAGCUUUGAAGAAAAAAUAAGAAACUUUAAUCAAAGUGUCGUAUUUUAAACUAUCACGUUAAAGAUUAAAUAUUUUUAUACGAUUUUUAUAGAAAUAAAAUAUUUUAUACGAGAAUAUAUUCAUGUACUAAGAGAUAUAUUAUAUUGUUUAAUAAAUAUAUACAGUUCAGCAAAAAUA